AUGUCUUUACGUAAAUUAAAGAAAAAACUGUUUAAAAGUUCUUCUCGUCACCAUGAUGAAUCCGGUCUUUCAACCCGCUCCAAUUCAGCUUCAACUUCAGAAAUAUUUUCGGAAGAUAGUAACCAGAAUGUCUCAUCUCAUAAAAAUACAGAGGAAAAAGAGGAACAAGAGGAACAGACAGAUAUACUUGACGAUUUUGAAGGAGUCAGUAACUUAGCUCAACCAACUUCAUUAGUAUUAGAUGUUUGUCAGUUUACUGCGUCAAUGGGUUCGACAAUCCUGGACCCGGUUUCAAAAUUUUUUCCCAUCGUUGGAGAUGUAGCAAAUAUUUUAAAUCAAGUUAUUCACAUUUAUGAUGUAGCUCAACAUAAUAAAAAAAUUUGUGGAGUUUUAUUGGAUAGGGUUACAGUUGCUGAUGCUGCUGUUCGUAAUCUUAAAAUCCGUAGAAAAGAAUAUAUCUCAUUCUUUACUAAAAGCAAUUACCUGGCAUUAAAAGGAUUUGUAAAUACCAUUAAAGAAAUUAAAAAAUUUGCGAGUGAAAUAUCACAACUUUCCAAAAUAAGUAAAUACUUAAGAGCAGAAUCUAUUGAUGAUACUUUUCGAGAGUUAGCCAAAAAAUUUGAUGAUCACAUGAACGUAUUACAAUUUGCCAUUACCAUUGACUCUAAAAUUCAAUCGGCGAAAGAUGCACAAGUUAUCAAAGAAGACCUUGGAAUUAUGAAAGAUUUUCUAGGUUCAAUAGGUAGUGGUAUUACAAACAUGGACAAUAAGGUUAAUGAAAUAGUCACAAUUAUUUCAACACUAAAUGAAAAUUUUAACAAUUCGGUAAAUCAUCAACCUUCUGCCGAUGAUCCACUAAAUAUUAACGAUUAUGAAUUUGAUCCUAAUUCAGUAAGUAGUAAUAAAAAAGUUCACAGGCGAACUCGAAAAUCUGAUAAAAUUGAUUUGGCCUUUAAAGAGUUGUCUAUUCAAGAUGAUCCAGAUAUUACAAUGAAUAGUGUAUCAGUACAAGUAACCAUUUUAAAGAAACUCCAAACAUGUGAAGAAAUUAUUAAAUUUAUUGGAUUAUGUAAAGACAACGAUAAUCUAUUUUUAGUCACGGAAUGGGUGGAUAAUGGUAAUUUAAGGGAAUUUUAUAAAAGUCGUACAGAUUUGGAUCAAAAAACAAAAAUUUCAUUUGCCCUUGAUAUCGCUCGAGGACUUAAUUUUUUGGCAUCAGUACAGAUGCUUCAUCGUGAUCUUAGCUCAGAAAAUAUUUUGAUUACACUUCAAAAGAAAGCAAAGAUUGCUAAUUUUUCAUUCAGUCGUGGAAUCUCAGAAGCUACGCGAAAUAUUAAAGCAAACAUCAAAAACGUUAGGUAUACGGCACCCGAAAAAUUAAGAUCACAAGCUGAUUAUAAAAAUCAAAAAGAUUACAGAGAACAUACAUAUGAUACUAGAUGUGAGGUUUACAGUUUCGGUGUGUUAUUGUGGGAAAUAUGGGAAUUAAAAAUUCCAUAUGAGGACGAUGAUAGUAUCAUGAGUAUUCGAGGAAAGGUCAUAAAAGGAUAUCGCGAGAAAUUUUCCCCAGGAGUACAUCCUGACUAUGAAAGAUUAGUUUCAAGCUCUACAUGUGGAGCUUGGAAUGAUGAUCCAAGAUUUCGACCAAAUUUUACUGAUAUGUUUUUAUCGCUUAAGAGAUUAUUUGAAGCAAUUAUGAUUCAAUCCGAAUCCGCUAAGAACUCACCAAAUAUUAAACCUAUACAAAUUAAAAAAGAUGAAAAUGACAUUGAUAGUGACUGUAUGCUCACUAUUGAUUAUACAUCAAUUGGAGAUAUGACACUAUAUGAAGCCAUCGCAAAACAUGAAGAAAUCACGAAAAAUCAUGAAGAAGAUAUUAGUAUUAAAGAAAGUAUAUGGAAAUGUUUUGAAGAAUAUGCAGCAUUGGGUGACAUCGAUGCCAAAUAUUGGAAAGGUUAUUACUUAUAUUACAAUGAGCUUAAAGGACCUAAAGAACUAGAAAGUCAACGAACCGAAGAAGCGAUGCAAUUAUUUAAGGAAGCGGCAGAUGAAGGAAAUAUACCAGAAGCACAAUUGAGAUAUGGAAAUUAUUUGAGUAAAAUGGGAAAAAAGGAGAAAACGUUAGCACCAAAAUAUUUUCAGAAAGCAGCUGAUAAUGGGAAUGUUAUGGCAAUGUAUAAUAUUGGAAAUAUGUAUUAUCGUGGAAUCUUAGUUAAGAAGAAUAUUGCUGAAGGAGAAAGAUAUUUAAGAUUAGCAGCUUGUAAUCAGAAUAAGCCAGCUAUAGAAUUAUUAGACGCAGUAGACGCAAUUAUUUAA